AUGUCUAGCGAGAUUAUGGACGAUGAUGAUUUUGAUCAGUUAUCAUCAUCACCAUCUAUUCAUGAGGAAGAAAUUGAUUUUCAAUAUGUUUAUGCUCUGAGGACCUUUGUAGCCACAGAACAAGGUCAGGCAAAUGCAUUUAAAGGCGAUUCCAUGAUCCUGUUAAAUGAUACCAAUAGCUAUUGGUGGCUAGUAAGGAUAGUGAAAGAUUCCACUGUUGGGUUCUUACCAGCUGAACACAUCGAGACACCUUGGGAGAGACUAGCAAGGUUAAACAAGCACAGAAAUGGCGAACUUUGUAUGGUAAAUCCUAUGGAUCUUGCAGCCAGCGCCAAAGGUAACAAUCUGACGAGAAUGUUCAGUAAAGGAAAGAAAACAGAUAUGCCCCAUGGUCGCCAGGUUAAUACCGGUGAACACUCUGUCAAUAAGUUGUCCUCUAAAUCUGUCAGCUUCCAUAGUCAGUCAGUCUACGUUAGUGCAUCAGAGUAUGAGUACUCUGCCGACGAAGCAGAAGAUGAUGACCAUGAAGAGGCAGCUGAUGAUGAAGUAGCAGAUGACGAAGAUGAAGGAGAUGAGGGAACCCAAUCCAAAGUUGCUGCUAUCGAAAACCACGCUCAGUUUGGUAUUGACUCUGAAAACCACGAACAGCCCGAUCGAAAUGCCCUGAAAGUGCUUCACAAUGGAAUUAUUAUAGACAACGUUGACCGAACACCCAAAGAUCACAUUAAAGUGUCAGAUAGGUUGGAUCAUGGAGCCAGUCCCACUCAUCAAGAUAUCGAUACAGAUGCCACAGAUGAUGGGGUAGUGAUUGCCAAAUUUGGAGAUAAUCAACUACAUCAACAUAGGUAUUUACAACCUGAGCUCCAACAGACUGUUCCAUCUUUGUCCACAGAACAGGAACAGGGCCGGCAUCAUCUGCCUCAAGGAAACGCCGCCCAGCAGCAGCAGCAACAGCAAACGCGUGAACAACCACCAUUAGCUCGGUCAUCACUUGAAAAAGAUCAAAGCGGCAGUUCUCUUGAUAGCAGACCAGUUAGAUCAUCUAUAGAAUACCAACAAAACCGACCAUCCGUUGACCGGCCAUCUUUUGAUCAACACAACGGCCGUAAACCGUUAUUAAUCCAAAAGACUAGAGGCCGAGCUGGUUCUUACAGCUCAAAUAACUCUUCAGCAUCUUCAACUACUUCGUCUGGUACUGGCCUGCGAUCGUUCAUGAACAAGUUUCGGGCAGUUUCAAACAAUAGCAUUGUCGGUGAGGACCUAGGAGCUGCUAUUCUUUCGUACAAUGAUGCCAGUGGCACCAGGCAGCUUGCUGAUAUAGAUGAAAGAGCAAAAUCAGGUUUAUCUAAUCAUGAUUCUCUUGAUAGUGUUAGUGUUAGCUCUGCUUCGAAUUCGCCUUCAGAUAAGACAACCAAAAGAAGAUCUCUUAUUACAGCAAAGUCGUCUAUUGAACAGCUAUCUUUGCGCAAAAAGGCAACUAGCUCACCACAAAAGCAAGGAACUACUGAUCCUGUACAACAGCAAAGCUCUACAUUUGGCAGGCUUUUCAAGCGCAAAUCGAAACAAAAUCUAAUGGACAAGGAGUCCCAAAAAGCUAACAAACAGGCACUUGAAGAGCAGAAGCAAAAGCUGGAUUCGAUACAACAACAACUUGAGAAAAAACAUGACAAACAACAGAAUCCACAACAACCUCCAGUUCAAUUUGUACACAAGCCUGAAUUAGUGGUCGGAGAUAAGCGUUCAACUCGUAGCCUGGGAACUCUUGAACAACCCAAAUUCCAAGACCAAUCGUAUUAUGAUCCGCGGUUGGAGGAUGUGCCGCCAGUAGUUAGACCAUCUGGUCUAGCUGACACAAUGACACCCGGCUCUAGUGAUUCUAGCUCUACUAGACUGAUGUUGGCCAGCGCUGCCAGUUAUAGUUCGUCAAUAACUUCCCGUGAUUCAUUGGAGGAGGCUCCAUCUGCGGCCAAGAGCAUGCAUAGCCCAAUACCAGAGCAUCCCGAGCUGAACACUGGCCCCAGUAAUCAAUUAUAUACAGCACCUGGUGUGAGAACAUCUUUUCUUCAGCAUAGACCAAUCCAACCUGGUGUGCCUGUAUCCAAUGGAAAUAGUCCAUACCAUGUUCAACCACCAUUUACCCGUCCCCAAAUGAGGAAUGUAUCAGCAGCCUCUGCAAUUUCUGUCUCAUCAAUUCAGUCGGAGUCUCAUUUUCAAGUCAAAUCGCUGCCUCAGUCUCAGUCUCAUUCUCAGACACCAUCUCAUGUACAAUUUCAAUCUCGGCCACAGAGUACUCCAGCAAUCAACCGCAAUCCUGCAGUUUCUACCCAGCGCCAAGAUCACCGCUCCAGCCAGAUGUUGGCUUCUGCUGAGGUAGAGGCAAUUUUUAGACAGCAACCCCCAGCAGUGCAGCAUGAUGACUUGAAGUCAAACUCACCUGAUAAUCCCUAUAUAAUCAGUGACUCGGAAGAUGACCAGAAGGAUCCAGAAUCUGUUCCCAUUGCUAAUACUAGUCAUGAAUUGAACUCGAUGAACGCAACUUCUGGACCACAUGAUAUUAUUGUUGACAAUGAUAACGAUGAUUAUGAUUCGGAUGUCGUUGUUGUCGAUAGUAGAGAACACACUACCAGGGCUACUCCAAGCCCUACUCCAAGCCAACGCCCUCCGCCCUCACUAACUGCACGAGACGAAGAUGAAGAAUCACCUGGAUCGGACAGGAUAGAGACUCCGACAUUGGGUUACCAAGAACCUACACGCAUUAAUACUCACGAACCAUACUCGACGACUACUCCACUUGCCUUUAAACCCAAGUCGUCCCUUCAACCUAUACCACUACGCCCACCUUCCCCACCGAGCUACCAGUCCUCUGAACCACAUGUUCCCUCAACCCCACCGCUACGCAUGAAGUUAUCAGAUAAUCAAGGGCUAGCGACUCAAAAUUUGACUACUACUCAACUCCCUCUAACCCUCCAUCCGGACAUUAUGCCUAUCUAUCAGGAAACUAAUGAUCGUCUUGGCCGUCUUAGUAGUGUAAGUACAUUUCGUCACCUCAGUUAUUGCAGUUAUUGGACUAUACUAACAUGUUACAAGAAACUUGAUGCCCUUCUACAGGAUUAUUCAUGA